AGAAAAUAAUCAGCAAAACCAGAACUUGAUAUUGCCGAUCGCAGCGUUGAGCUGCUACAGUUCAUUCCAAGACGCGCGCGAGACAGCUGCUCCCAGACGCAACCAGUGAAUUUUUAAUUACCAAGAAUUAUUGUUUUAUGAAACAGAAUACAAAACAAAAUGCACCGCCUUCCACGGUUUUUAAUGUGCAUAGGCUUCUUCAUAGCCUGUGCACACACAAUACCGCAGUAUGAAGUGCCAAAGGCAAAAAUCGAGGUGUUCUACCCGAAGGGCUUUGAGGUGUCCAUACCACACGAAGAGGGCAUAACACUUUUCGCUUUCCACGGAAAAUUAAAUGAGGAGAUGGAGGGUUUGGAAGCCGGCACUUGGUCCAGAGACAUAGUAAAGGUGAAGAACGGACGUUGGACGUUCCGUGAUCGCGAAGCCCGACUGGCGUUGGGUGACACACUGUAUUACUGGACUUAUGUCAUUUACAAUGGCUUGGGUUAUCGCGAAGAUGAUGGUGUUUUCGUGGUGAGCGCAUAUUCAAAUGCUACAAUAAAUACUAACGCCGGCGGCGCCAAGAAAAAGCCUCCCACUGACGUUGGCACACGUGACGCUAAUUGCAAACCGACGCCAACAUUUAGAAAUGGUAUACAAGUGAAUUGCGCCAAGCAGCUGCUUUUCGAAGACGACUUCACCGGCGCACAGUUGGACCGCAGUCACUGGACUGUCGAGCGCCGUUUCUCCACGAAACCGGACUAUGAGUAUGUGCUGUAUUUGGAUGAUGCGUCUGAUGUGUUGAGCGUGUGGAAUAGCGUCGUUACUAUAAAGCCAAAAUUAACCACACGCCACUUUCAAAGUGAGGAUAAACCGUUAAAGGCUAAAUACGAUUUGGGCACACACUGCACUGGCCGCCCGAACAGUGAGGAGUGUGUUUGCGAUGGCGCAGCAACGAGAUAUAUUUCCGUGCCACCCUUUAUAUCGGCGCAGUUCUCCACAAAGGAUCACUUCAGCUUCAAAUACGGACGUGUCGAGAUCAAAGCGAAAAUGCCCAAUGCCCAGUGGGUCUUUCCACAAUUGUGGCUGCAGCCAGUAAAGCAAGAGUACGGCAGUGAUGAUUACCAAUCGGGCCAAAUGCGCAUCGCCUUCACCUUUGUAAAUAACGAACAAAUGCAACUUUUUGGCGGUUUAAUUGUGAAUGCGAAUAGUACUUGGCGUUGGGAGAAAAUGUGUGAGUUCCCGCAUGCAGAUCGUCUCUAUCUGGGCAAUGAUUUUCAUAUCUACACGUUGGUUUGGACGGAAAAUGAAAUUUCCGUCGCAGUGGAUAAUACGGAGUAUUGCAAAUUCCGACCAGACAACGAUGGCUUGCUGGCCGAUUUAUUGAGGCAAGGUGACGCGCUGCCGAAUAGGGGCUUGCUCAAGAGUGGCAGCAAAAUGGCGCCUUUCGAUCAGGAAUUCUACAUAACAUUGGGUUAUGGCAUUGGCGGCAUAAAUGAUUUUCCAGAUAUGAAUUUUUGGCGGCCGGAGAAGCCUUGGGGCAACACAAGUCCACAUGGAAUGGGUUCGCUGGUGAAGAAAGUGGAUUUCGACCAUUGGCUGGCGGGCAAUGGUGAUAUGCGCAUCGAUUAUGUUAAGGUCUUUGCAAUUUAAGUUUUUAUAAUUAUUAUUUUUUGUUUUGUUUGUUUAAAAAACGAAAUGUUAUUAAUUUAAAUAAGUAUGUAGUGUUAAUUGGAAAUU